CGAACAGUUGAAACACAGAACUCAUCCUGUUCGAGUUCGACCAUGUUGGGUGCUGUGGCAAGAGCAAGUUCCAGCCUUUUGGCUGGAAAAACUAUUGAAAAAGUUGGUUCUGAAACGUUAAAAGUUGCUGCCGUCUACAAUGCUUCGAACAGAGGAUACGCCGCUAAACCUGCUGCUGGUGCUGCUGGAAAAGGAAAGGGUCAAAUUGUUGCUGUCAUUGGUGCCGUAGUAGAUGUACAGUUCGAUGAGGACCUGCCCCCAAUUCUUAAUGCUUUGGAGGUUCAAAACCGUUCCCCCAGGUUGGUCCUUGAGGUUGCCCAACACUUGGGGGAGAACACUGUACGUACCAUUGCCAUGGACGGUACGGAAGGAUUGGUACGUGGACAGCAAGUCAAUGACACUGGCAACCCGAUCCGUAUCCCUGUCGGUGUUGAGACCUUGGGAAGGAUCAUGAACGUCAUCGGCGAACCAAUCGAUGAAAGAGGCCCCAUUCCAUCCGACAAAACCGCCUCCAUUCACGCUGAAGCACCCGAAUUCGUCGACAUGAGCGUCGAGCAAGAAAUUCUCGUAACUGGCAUUAAGGUUGUAGACCUUUUGGCCCCCUACGCUAAGGGAGGUAAGAUCGGCCUUUUCGGUGGUGCCGGCGUAGGAAAAACUGUACUGAUUAUGGAACUUAUCAACAAUGUCGCCAAGGCCCAUGGUGGUUACUCUGUGUUUGCCGGUGUGGGUGAGCGUACCCGUGAGGGUAACGAUUUGUACCAUGAAAUGAUUGAGUCCGGUGUCAUCUCCUUGAAGGACAAGACCUCCAAGGUAGCUCUGGUGUACGGACAGAUGAACGAGCCCCCAGGUGCUCGUGCCCGUGUCGCCUUGACUGGAUUGACUGUAGCUGAGUAUUUCCGUGAUCAGGAGGGACAGGACGUGCUGCUUUUCAUCGACAACAUUUUCAGAUUUACCCAGGCCGGUUCCGAGGUAUCGGCCCUGUUGGGUCGUAUCCCAUCCGCCGUGGGUUACCAACCCACGUUGGCCACUGACAUGGGUACCAUGCAGGAGAGAAUCACCACCACAAAGAAGGGUUCCAUCACUUCCGUGCAGGCCAUCUACGUGCCGGCCGACGACUUGACAGAUCCCGCCCCUGCCACCACGUUCGCUCACUUGGACGCCACCACAGUAUUGUCCCGUGCCAUCGCCGAGUUGGGCAUCUACCCCGCCGUGGAUCCUCUCGAUUCCACCUCCCGUAUUAUGGAUCCCAACAUCAUUGGUGCCGAGCACUACAAGGUGGCCCGUGACGUGCAGAAGAUCCUCCAGGAUUACAAAUCCUUACAAGAUAUUAUCGCCAUCUUGGGUAUGGACGAGUUGUCUGAAGACGACAAACUGACGGUAGCCCGUGCCCGUAAGAUCCAGCGUUUCCUGUCCCAACCUUUCCAGGUAGCCGAAGUUUUUACUGGCCAUGCCGGAAAACUCGUACCCCUUGAAGAAACCAUCAAGGGAUUCCAGAAGAUCCUCAACGGGGAGCUUGAUCACUUGCCCGAAGUAGCGUUCUACAUGGUUGGACCCAUCGAGGAAGUAGUGCAGAAGGCCGAAACACUAGCUCAGUCUUCAUAAAUUUUUUAAGUCAAUUGUUUCGUUUUGAAUGUGAAACUUCGUACGUUAUAGGAGUGACCUAAGGAGCCAGCUUUUAAAAAUUUUGUCACCACCAAUUUUUUUUUUAUAUACUGAAACAUCAGUCAUCCGUUUUGCAGUAUGGUGUAAUCGUUAUAUGUACAAUUCAUUUUAUUAAAAAAAAAUAGAUCGUUAUCUGGU